AUGAGUGAACAUCUUUCCGAUGAUCUUGUCAGACUCAAAGACUCAGUAUUUCUCUCUUCUUAUGCGUCCUCAAUCGUAAUCCUCUCAGUCCUCUACUACACAUUCUUCCCACUCCUCCACAGACCGCUAAACAACCUCAUCUCACUCGCAACAUCUCAGGCUACAGCAGCCGACUAUUACAAAUAUAUCAUCGGAUACAUCCUCUGCGAGCAAUGUCUGCUCUUCCUACUCCACAGCUUGACACCCGGCUGGAUCGUUAUUGUUGCUGCUUACGCUGCGGUCUUUGAUUACCACUAUAGUGUGGCGGAGGUGACCGUGAGGAUUGAUAUCUUGAGGAAUUUGGGGGUUUUGUUUUUGGCGAGGGAUAUUUCGAGAUCGAGACCGGUUGCUGUCUCUGGCUCUGGCUCUGGUUCUGGGGCUAAAGCUCAAUCUAAAGAUCGGUCUUCUUCUUCUUCUUCUUCUUCCUGGUCAACCUCCAACUCACGUCCUCGACUCGACGAUCAAUAUCUUUUGAUAAUAUCCUGCUCAAUCUGGCUUGUGUUAUUCACCAGGAGCGUGUGGUUCAAUAUCUCCAGUCUCCCUCCGCACCCAUCCACACAGCUAGACUCAGAUUCAAUUCCAGAUCCAAGACCGGAAAUUUCCCUGUUACAGCUGUCCGACGAGCAGUUUCAAAUCGUAUGGCUUGUUUUCUUCGCGCGUAUUGUGCUUGCGAUUCCGUGGCGAUCGAUCGUGCUGGGUGUAAAGAGAGAUGGGGAGGUGAGGAUGAUGAUUUAUAAUACGAGGGAGAAGAAGGAUUGUGGUGUUGAGGGGUGUGGGUUUGGGUGGGAUGAAGAUGAGGAGGAGGAGGUGCUGGGUAGGGAGGAUGAGGGGGAGGGGAUGGGCGGAGAACGAUACGACGAGGUUUUGGAAGGAGGGGAGAAGAUGGGGGUGGACGGUGUGGGAAGUGGUGUGAAAGAUGUGUCCGUGGGGAAAGGGGAGGAGGAGGAGAAGAAGAAGAAGAAAAAGAAGGGUUUGUUCUGGUUCUCGUGUAAUCUGAAUUUGAUUUUGGUUGCGCUGGGAACGGUUGCGAUGAUUGUGAAUUUUGGGUGGGAGAUGGGCUGGGCUUUCGCUUUGGCGAGGGGUAUUGUUGGGUAUCUUUCUUGA